AUGACUCUAGAGGAGAUCGAAAACAUGCGGUGUCAAGCAAAUACUAUUGUGAUUUUUCUGCUUAGUUUAUAUGUGUCUUGUUCUUCUGCUGCUAUUUCAAAAAAAGACUAUCCUGACUGGAAAAACCCAAAUGGAUCACAUGAGCCCCCAGUGCAUUCUUGGGAUUUUGACUUUGAUGAUAAGCAAAUACAAGACUCUGGAACAGAUUCUGAAAAAUCUUUUCUGAAAGCUGCUGAAAUUGUUACUGAAAAUGACUUGUGCAAGAACCUUCAAUGCAAGCCUCAUCAGAUUUGCCUCGUAGAAGAUGAUGAUGUUGCUGUAUGCAUUAGCAAAAGGAAACUGAGUGCAAAAGAAAAUGCACUUAAAGUAGCAGCCCCUAAGAAACCAAAGUUCAAAGAUUAUAAUACUGAUGAAGUAUUCUGGGAGAAGGGAGAAGAGAAUGAAAAAGACAACUCGGAAGAUGAAACUCAGAAUCCUUGCAUCCCCUGUCCUGUGCUAAAACCAGAAUUUGUAUGUGGGUCUGAUAACCAUACAUAUUCAUCUGUUUGCCGAAUGGAAUUUCGUAAUUGUAUGCAUAAGGCUUCUGUAAUAGUGAGUUGCAAAGGAUUUUGCCCAUGCAAAAGUUUGAAAAAUGAAAUGGAUAAAAACAAAGAAUGGCAAAUGAAGGAUCGUUGGAACCGUUACAUGAAUAAAUAUCAAAAUACCAUUAAAAAAACUACUGUUGUACAUAAAUCUCUAAAGAGACCUCAUGCAACAAAUUUAAUCAUUGAAAGUGCAGUACCAAUCAAAGAUGUUACUACAAUGGGUACUGAUACUGCUCCAAAGCCAUCAAAAAUGCAGAUUACUAAAGUAGCUACACCUAUUGUUGAGAAAAGCUGCACUGAAACUGAAUUAAAAGCCAUGGGAGAUCGCCUGCUGGACUGGUUUUCUGUUGUCAUGGCUGACCACCGAAGAGGACAAUCUCGUAGGCGUUCAUUUCGUCUCAGCCAUACACAACUUCCCGACUGCAAACCGGAGGUAAGCUGGAUGUUCCAACAUUUGGAUACAGAUGGGGAUUUGAAACUUUCCCUACAAGAGUUGUACGACUUAGAAAAUGAUGAUCAGGAACAUUGCUUACGACCCUAUCUUUUGGAUUGUGAUGUAGAACGAGAUCUUGUCUUGAGUCCUUAUGAAUGGUGUUCAUGUUUUGAUAAAUCUCAACGUCCAUGUGCAGCCGCCCUUCGAAGAACACCCAAAGGACUAAUUGGUGGUUACACUCCAGUUUGUGAUAAUGAUGGGUAUUACUUACCCACACAAUGCCAUACUGGUUCAGGCACUUGUUGGUGUGUUGAUCGUCAUGGUGUGGAAUUCACCAACACAAGAAGAAGAAGCCGCCCUGAUUGUGAGGGCCUUUUAAAGAGGGGACAAUAUCAUCGUGAAGAUAGCAGAGAGGAUGAUCAGGAAGAUGACAGUAGUGAAGAAGAAGGUUCUGCUGAUAGACCUUUGGACUUUUAA